AUGUCUUCAAGCAAAGAAGCAGAGCAUCUCGCCAACACCUCCCAACCAUCAGAUCCCUCACCAGCCUACCAAGCAGAAGCAGGCCCCUCAUCUGCAAACGAACCAUCAUCCGAUAAGAUCCCAACCGCCGAGAACCCCUUCAACUUCCCCUCUGCAUCUCCUCUGCCGUCUUACUCCGAAGCUUCAUCCGCCAAAGAACCCCCGAUCGCCAUCCCCCAGGAGAGUCCCACCCAAACAUCUCCCUUCCUAAAAGCUUACGCGCCCGCUCUUCUCGGCCACGGCAUCACAAAAGAAGCAUGGGGUUCAUUCCUAGAUACCAUCUCCGCCUUCAUGACAGCCAAGGUCGGAGAACGCGCUAUUAAUCACGCUGGAGAUGUCGCAAAGAACAUUGGCCAACAACCUGUCAAUUACGUCAAAAAUGUUCAGAACCAUGCUAAGAGCGUGGGGAAGAACAUCGCCGCCAACACCAAGCGCGGAAACAUCCUUGGCGCAGCAGCUGGUGUCGUUGGGGGCGCUAUAUCAAUCCCCCUAGGCGCUGUUUUCGGUGCUGUAGGAACAGUCGUUAGUCUCCCAGCUCGAACAAUCGCAGCAGCUACGCGGAAGCCAAAAACAGCCGCUGAACGCGCGGUCGCAUAUGUCGUUGUCGCGAAUCACGAUUGGUUGAACAAGCGAGGCCUGCACGCGAGCCUGGUCAAUACCGAACAAUUGUCAGAAGUCGUCGGCGUUUCUGUAAAGGCGCUUUUGGAAGCUUCAGCAGAAGGUGACAAGAGCGCUGGACCUUUGGGGCCUUUGAGUGCGCUGAGUGAUCAUAUUGCUCAUUUGGAGGUCAAUGGGCCUGGGGUUGUUGAUAUUGGGGUUGAGACUUGGUGGUUGGUUCUGGUGAGGAUAGAAGCAACUGCUUGA